UGAAAUGUUCCAUGAGAUCCGUCUCCGUUCAGGCCAUUGUAAAAGAGACCUAACAAACACUCAGUGGGGACCCACCACAACGCCGAAAUAUACCACAACGCCGAAAAAUGUCAUUGCAGGACUGCCACAAAGGUUAGGUUAGGUUAGACUAGUUUACGCUAGGAUAGGCUAGGUUAAGUUAGGCUAAGUUAUAUUACGCUAGCUUAGGUUAGGUAAGGUUAGGUUUGAUUGUGGUAUUUCGGCGUUAAGGUACAUUUAAGAAACACACACAAAUACAUUCAGUUGUUAUUUCGGCGUUGUGGUACACAGCAGUUUUCUAGCUGUCGGCGUUGUGGUCAAUUUUGACAUUCGGCGUUUUGGUAACGACCCACCUUCAGUCAUAUCGCUCCGUCGACCUGCGCCGCUAUCGAUCCUCGGUAUCGACUCUCGGCGCCCGCGCCUCGCGGACCACUGCAGCGCGGACUGGCGGCGGCCUCAGUAGCGCAGACGUCUGUUCGACCUGCGCCGCUAUCGAUCCUCGGUAUCGACUCUCGCCGCCCGCCCCCCGCGGAUCACUGCAGCGCGGACUGGCGGCGCCUCAGUGACGCAGACGUCUCCAGCGGCGCAGUGUCAAGUAUCACGAGACGUGCAGCGCAGCGUUGUGUUACGCAAGCAUGAGCCAACCGGAGUACCCGAAGCCAGGGGGCGACUACCAGCCGCCCCACCAGGGCCCGCCGCCCCCCUACGGCAUGUACCCGCCCCCGCCGCCGCCCACGAUCGUGCCGCCCCAGUCGACCGUCGUGGUGGUGAGCAAUGCCUCGCUGCUGGGGAACGCGUCCACCACGGUGCAGUGUCCCUCCUGCAGGGCCACGGUGCAGACCAGGGUGCAGUUCGAGACCAGCACCCGCACCCACCUCAUGGCGCUGCUGCUCUGCCUUGUGGGGUGCUGGCCGUGCGCGGUGAUCCCCUACUGCACAGAGUCCUGCCAGAACGCCACGCACUACUGCCCCAGCUGCGGGGCAUUCCUGGGCGCGUACGCCAACUGAGCGGCUCCCGUGGUGCCCUCCGGCGAGCGAGAAGUGAACCACCAUCUCGCGGAACAACCCCCCGGGGCGGCGGUCCCUGCCGCACUAUUCACCUUCGUCAUUGUUUUGAACCAGGGUCUGGUGUUCAUGAGUGCGGACUAGAAGUAUGGGCCUCCAGGAUGGACUCCACGAUCCUCUGCACUCCCGGGCAAAACGCCACCUGUUCACUGGCCGCUGACUCGUGAGGCGUCUCUACCAGGUGUCUCGUGAUUCGACGCUUCUUUGAUUGAGGGUCACUAAUUGCCCCAGAGUACUCCAUAUUGACAGUGAACCAGUGACAGAAGCACCACAAUUUGAGUUUUGGCAUGUCACGAAAUGGACCCAAGAAUUUUUUUUCCGAUCUCUGUUUAUUUAUCAUUAUGGAUGUCACACUUAGCAGUGUGUUGAAACACUGAAACAUCGGUCUGUGUUUCGUUAUUGGGGUCGAGUUUCUCUCAGCUCCACACCAAUCGCAGCCACUCAGUGCGGAAACACUCAAGUCUUUAAUGGCGAUGGCUUCUCCUACAGACGGCCGCCAAUCACAUGGAAGACAUCGCUGCCGCGGGCAUGCAUUAUUGCAGUAUAGUGAGUGUACAAAAUCCACCCUCCCCCCCCCCCCCCCAAUUAAAUAUUAUCGGUCUCAAUCGGUCCCUAGUUACCUUCACAGACACACCCAACACAAUACCGAACUUUUUUUUUGUAAAUAUAGACUUGGUGCAUUUUGUGGCUUACUGUCAAAAUAUAUCCCGUUCCGUUGCUCCAUGUCGACCGCAAAUUGUUGUGUUGGCAGCAUCGACGAAUCUGGGGGUGUGAUGUGUGAAGUAGUUUUAUGCGAACGCUAUAAAGUCCUUCGCGGCAAGACGGAAAAGGCUUGCAACCUGCCAAUUCGAAUUAGUUCAUUUCAUUUAGUGAAAGUCUUGAUUGCAAAGUCAAUUUAUUGAGUGCCCCUUGUCAUUGGAGCUCUGGUCACUCGAUGCCACUGAAGCUGAAGGGCUGGAAGCUAAUGUCAUAAUACUUAAAACAUUAAAGACCGGAAAAAUUGGGGGAUUGAUUCCGUAAUGGGCUGUAGUUAAAAUACCUAUAGUUACCAUUGUGUAUGGUCUGCUAUUGGUUCACAGUUCAUGAGCAACUUCGUGGGUCGGUAAAAGAACCUUCGAGCAGAGGAGUGUCGGACCAGAAACCAACCAGCGAAGACGCAUCACAAGUCACCAGCCAAUGAACAGGCGACGUUCGCCCGAGUGUGCAGAGGAUCGUGGUGUCCUUCCUGGAGGAAAUUGAACCCGCGAUUUUUUCCAGUCGCUACUCAUCAAGUGUGAACACGAGGGGAAGUGAACUGUGACAGCAGCGAAUGAAACACCUGCUACUGUCUAGAGUAUGCACACUUUUUGUGCAAUCUAACCUGGCACCGGAAAAUAACGAGCGUCUGACAGGCCUGUAGUAAUAUCUCGGCCGGCCAUGUCCUGUUGGAGUCUGGGUGCUUUGGGUUGUUUCGCGUGAGGUCACUCGCUGUGUGCUUGCAACUCCAGCUUCUUCAAGCAAGGAAGACUGGUGUACAUACAGAGUGUGGACAACAAUAACAUGAACAUAUGAUGAGGUGAUGUGUGGUUUCAAAUUACUAAAAGGUGUAUUAAGCUUAUAUAUGUAUAUAUAUAAUGUAAUAAAAAUGCAGUAAAAUAAAUUAUAUUUCAACUUGGA